CCACCCUCCUUGUGUCGCAGGUGCCGGAGUUAUGUGGUAGGGCGCGUAGAGAGCGGCUCUCCCAGGCUGCAAGACAAACUCCGCACCCUCUUGGUGAAAAACGCUUCUGUAAGGCAGAUUGUGGACAGUUACAAAGUCUCUCUGCAGGCAAUUCUAACCAAGGAGAGCCAGGAUCGACUUCUGGCCACAGAACAGCCAAGAUCUCGUAAAGUCCCAGUCACGCUGAACAGCUCAACCGCCCACCCCCGGCUCCUGUGCCAGAAGUCAAGUGUGUGUUGGGCCACCAAAUACCAGGAAUUGCCGGAUGUGCCAGAGAGGUUCGACAGGGAAUUCUGCGUCCUGGGCUGUGAAGGAUUCACCACAGGAUGGAACUGCUGGGAAGUGUCCGUGCACGAGCUAGACACGGCCUCGGCUGUCAAACCUAGUGCACCGCAGCUGACAUUUCUGUCGCAGCGCAAAAAAUGCUGGGCCAUCGGGGUGGCCAAGGAGUCCGUCCGCAGGAAGGGGACCUUCCAGCUGAGCCCCCAGGAGGGAAUCUGGGCUGUGGGGAAGAGUGGUUGGUGGGAGAUGGUCGCUUUCAACAUGCAUCAGCAGAAGCUGAGCUUGCAAAGGCCGCUGCAGAGGCUGCGGGUGAGGCUGGACUGCAAGGCCAGAAAAGUGGAGUUCCUGGAUGCAGAGACGGAGGAUUCCUUCUACACCUUCCAGACAGGGCCCCUCCUGGGGGAGACGCUCCGGCCUUUUUUCUGCCUGGGCCAGGAUGGGGUCACCCUUUCAAUGUGAGGAAUGUCCACGUCCUAUAAAAGAUCUUCAGGCCAACCUCCUUAUCCUUUUGCCAUGCUCAGUCCAGGCUGGUUGGGGGCUGCCAAGAGCUUCGUGGCUCCAACUGACCGAGAGGUGGUGGGGCUGUGACCCAGUGAUGCCUCCUGGCCCCUCUGAGCCCCCUUUUGAAGUGUCCCUUGUUUGGGCAAAACCCUCCAUGCUGCCUCCUGCCAGGUGCUGCACCCUUGUUGUGCAUUAACAUGACGUUUCUCAACCUGGGCACCCGGGAGAUGUGCGGACUUCAACUCCCAGAAUUCCCAGCCAGCAGAGCUACCUGGGGAAUUCAGGUGUUGGAAGUCCCUGCAUCCUCCAGGUGCUGCCAAGGUUGGGCAUCCCUGCCUGACUCUGGGGCUCUCAGUUUAGAUGAGAGAGAGAGACGGUUAAAGGGCCUUUGUAAUCAGUAAAAGUGAUACCUUAAUACCUGCAUGCGAUUCUACAUUUAUGUUUCUCUGAACUUAUUAAAAAUGCAACACAUUUAUGUUUUAUUUGUAUCAUUUAUCAAGGUGAUUUGCAGACAUUGAAUAUGUUUUUAAGAUUACCUUUGAAAGCGUCCAUGGCAAUAAUAGAAGUUAAUUUUAAAAAUAUUAGCCUAUAAUUUUAAAAGCUAGGCAGGAAAUUAAGAAAUUAUGAGCUGGGCAGCCACAACAACAAGUCAGCCAAUGGGAACUGUUUGCUGACUGAGAAACAGGAUCUGUUGUUGCUAGGUCAGACAGCUAGGAGCCUGGGCCUGGCUCAGCUUAACUGAUCUCUCUUAAGAAAGAAGUUCUGUGCUCACAGCUUGUGAGCUGCUGAUUCUGAGUUCUGGUUGCUUCUACUUCUGCCACAUUGAAAGAGCUGCAUGGGUAUUGUAUACAUGUAUCAUGUUUUGUAUUAUUGCAUAUAAAGAAGUUUCUU